AUGUCUUCAGAAAAGAAACAGCUCAUUAUCAACGCGUUUGCAAUGCAAUCGCCGAGUCACCUCAACCCAGGCCUGUUCCGCCACCCAACAGACCAAGGCGCAGACUACAAGAGCAUCAAGCAUUGGAUCGCACUAGCUAAGAAGCUCGAGGAUGCCAAAUUCCACGCCAUCUUCUUCGCCGAUGUCCUAGGAGGCUACGAUGUGUACAGAGGACCCUCUAAUCUCGAUCCUACGAUCCCCUCCGGAGCUCAAUUCCCAAUCAACGACCCCCUAUACAGCAUUCCCGCCAUGGCAGCAGCUACCGAGAGCAUCGGCUUCGGAGUAACAGCUUCAACAACCUACGAUUCACCCUACGCCCUGGCCCGACGCUUCUCCACAGUGGACCACCUCAGCAACGGCCGCAUUGGCUGGAAUAUUGUCACCUCAUACCUGGAUUCAGCAGCGCGCAACUUCGGCCUCGACACCCAGGUCGAGCACGACGAGCGCUAUCGCAUCGCCGAUGAAUACCUCGAUGUCACCUACAAGCUGUGGGAGGCAUCCUGGAGAGACGAUGCAGUGACCUGGAAGCAGGGCACCCAGAGCAAGACACAGGGAUACGCGGACCCCCAAGCAGUCCGUGAGAUCAACCACAAGGGCAAAUACUUCCAGGUGCCUGGUCCUCAUCUCUGUGAGCCGAGUCCGCAACGGACCCCGUUCAUCCUGCAGGCUGGCACAUCCACUGCAGGCAAAGCGUUUGCAGCCAAGCAUGCCGAGGCUGUAUUCUUGCAUGCCCAGAAGCCCGAGCUUGUUCGUCCCUCUGUCGAUAGCAUCCGGCAGCAAGCAGCUGAGAUCGGACGAAACCCGCAAGAUAUCAAGGUUGUGGCGGGUGCGUUGGUUAUCGUCGCCGAGACAGACGAGGCCGCACAGGCUAAGUUCGAGGAAUUGAAGACAUACGGCGAUCGGGAAGGUGCGCUCGCUCUUUUCGGUGGCUGGACUGGGUAUGAUCUGUCGACCUAUUCUGAUGACCAGGACUUCCGGUUCGUGGAGCUGCCCGCUGUGCGGAGUAUGGUAAACCACUGGGCGAGCACGGUUCCUGGAACCGAGGGCCAGAAGUGGGAUAAAAAGACCAUUGCCGAGUAUCUGGUUCUCGGUGGUAAUGGUGUCAAGAUCAUUGGAAGCGUGCAGACGGUGGCUGAUGAGUUGGAGAGGUGGGUGACUGUCGGCGAUGUGGAUGGAUUCAACCUCAGCUAUGCCAGUCUCCCCGAUACCUUUGAUGAUAUCAUUAAUUUGCUGCUGCCAGAGUUGCAGCGCCGUGGACUUUUCUGGUCAGACUAUGCUGUCAAGGGAGGAACUUUCCGCGAGAACAUGUAUGGGAAGAAGGGUCAGUCCAGACUCCCUGAUGCGCACCCUGGUGCCAAAUACUUCUGGAAGGAGGGACAGGAGGUGCCUCCUUACGCGUUGGAAGAGUCGAAGUAG